AUGUCUUCACCAGAAACCGAUCCCCAGCCCCCGCCAGGGCCAGCUGAAGGAGCUGGGGCAGCAGUUGCAGUUCCACAUACGGGUGAUUAUGAGAAUACGGUCCCAGUCAACACUCGAGGCCCAAUUGUUCCCGAUGAAUUCAGCGGCGAUAAUAGCGACGAGUUUGCUAGCGAGGACUCUGAUAUGACCUCCAUUUCUUCCAGUGUGCUCGACUAUGAAUAUGAAAAUGGACGGCGCUAUCACAGCAACAGAUCUGGACACUAUAUGUUGCCAAAUGACGAAGAAGAACAAGAUCGCAUGGACUUAGCUCAUCAUAUCUGGCUUCUCUUAAUGAAGGGCGAGCUAUACUUAGCACCCGUUGAAAAUCCUCAGAAAAUUCUAGAUCUCGGAACCGGAACUGGCAUCUGGGCUCUUGAUAUUGCCGAGAAAUUCCCCCAAGCCCAAGUGAUUGGAAACGACAUCAGCGCCAUCCAACCAAACUGGGUCACACCAAACGUAGAAUUCCUCGUCGAAGACUUCGAACAAGAAUGGCUCUACAAACCAAACAGCUUCGACUUCAUCCAUGCAAGAUUACUAGCCGGCUGCGUAGCGGACUGGCCAGAAAUGUACCGCAAAAUCUUCGACCACACGAAACCAGGCGGCUACUUCGAAAUCCAAGAAAGCGCCGUCUGGGCCUGGAGCGACGACGACACGCUAAAGCCCGGCUCACCAAUCCUGGAAUACAUGCAAGCUCUCGACACAGCGGGCCGAAUCCUAGGCCGAGAAAUGAAUAUUUACUGCAAGUUGAAAGACUGGAUGAUCGACGCUGGUUUCGAGGAUGUGCAUGAGGUUACUUAUAUUCUACCUUACUCUCCUUGGCCGCGGGAUCCGCAUCUGAAGGAGGUGGGCAUGUAUCAGGCUUGUAUGAUUCAACAGGCUGUUGAGUCUUAUUCUUUACGGAUGUUUACGCAGGUUCUUGGGUGGGGAGAGGGACCUGCUAGGAUCUUUCAGGCUAUGGUUAAGAAGCAGAUGAGGGAUAAGCAUUUGCAUUCCUAUGUUAAGGAGGUUGUUGUUUAUGGGAGGAAGCCUCUCCGUUGA